CGCACCUCCUCCUCUUCCUCCUCCUCCUCCUCCUCCGGGCUCCGACCAUGACGGUGAUGUCCGGGGAGAACGCGGACGAGGCGUCGGCGGCCGCCGGCCAGCCCCAGGACCGAGCCUCCCCGCGGCCGGCGGGCCCCGAGGACCACGAGUGCUACGAGCGGGUGGUCAUCAACGUGUCCGGGCUGCGCUUCGAGACGCAGCUGAAGACCCUGGCGCAGUUCCCCCACACCCUGCUGGGGAACCCCAAGAAGCGGAUGCGCUACUUCGACCCCCUGCGCAACGAGUACUUCUUCGACCGCAACCGGCCCAGCUUCGACGCCAUCCUCUACUACUACCAGUCGGGCGGGCGGCUGCGUCGACCGGCCAGCGUGCCCCUGGACAUGUUCUCGGAGGAGAUCAAGUUCUACGAGCUGGGGGAGGAGGCCAUGGAGAAGUUCCGGGAGGACGAGGGCUUCAUCAAGGAGGAAGAGCGGCCGCUGCCCGAGAAGGAGUACCAGCGCCAGGUGUGGCUGCUGUUCGAGUAUCCCGAGAGCUCGGGGCCGGCCCGGGUCAUCGCCAUCGUGUCCGUCCUGGUCAUCCUCAUCUCCAUCGUCAUCUUCUGCCUGGAGACGCUGCCCGAGCUGAAGGACCAGAACAAGGAUCUGGUGGGGACGCCCUACCUCUUGGGCAACGUCACGGUCUACUACAAGUCCAACAUCCUGACGGACCCGUUCUUCAUCGUGGAGACGCUGUGCAUCGUCUGGUUCAGCUUCGAGCUGGUCGUGCGCUUCUUCGCCUGCCCCAGCAAGGCCGAGUUCUUCAAGAACAUCAUGAACUUCAUCGACAUCGUGGCCAUCAUCCCCUACUUCAUCACGCUGGGCACCGAGCUGGCCGAGCAGGAGGGCAACCAGAAGGGCGAGCAGGCCACCUCCCUGGCCAUCUUGAGGGUCAUCCGCCUGGUCCGGGUCUUCCGCAUCUUCAAGCUGUCGCGCCACUCCAAGGGCCUGCAGAUCCUGGGCCAGACGCUCAAGGCGAGCAUGCGCGAGCUCGGGCUGCUCAUCUUCUUCCUCUUCAUCGGCGUCAUCCUCUUCUCCAGCGCCGUCUACUUUGCUGAGGCGGAAGAGGCUGACUCCCAUUUCUCCAGCAUCCCCGACGCUUUCUGGUGGGCCGUGGUCUCCAUGACGACGGUGGGCUACGGUGACAUGUACCCUGUGACAAUUGGAGGUAAGAUCGUGGGCUCCUUGUGUGCCAUUGCUGGUGUGCUGACAAUUGCCCUGCCGGUGCCUGUCAUUGUAUCCAAUUUCAACUAUUUCUACCACCGAGAAACCGAAGGGGAAGAACAGGCCCAGCUUCUGCACAUGAGUGCUCCGAACUUGGCCUCAGACAGCAGCCUGAGCCGCCGCAGCUCCUCGGCCCUGAGCAAGUCCGAAUACAUGGAGAUCGAAGACCGGAUCCUCGACAGGUUCGGUUCCUACGGGCAGGCCGAACUCAGAACUGAGAACUGCAAGAGGGACAGCACUUACCCCUCCGGGCAGAAUCGCAAUCCUCUGACCAAGGUGUAGGCCGGCCAGCCCCUCGGGCCACGCGGAGGACUCGACACAGAGAGCCAAAGCAGAACGGCAGCCGUCCCCACCUGGGACCCCUGCCCACCCCGGCCGACUCCGAAGACCCCUCUCCCCCGCAGCGCAUGGGUGCGCUCCUCAAGGCCCCUGACCCGGGCUCGGCGCCCCCUUAGCUCGCAAAAUCCUCGAGGAAAAAAAAAAAGAGAUACUAUUUUUUUCAUUUGAUUUAGAAAACAAAAAACAAACAAAAAAAAAACAAACACGCAAAAGAACGGGGGUAUUUUCCAUACCCUGCCAUCACGGGGCAUCUCUGGACCGGUUCGAGGUAAGGUAGAGUCACACCCUCUCUCUACCCAAAACCGUAUUCAUUCUCUUCCGCUUCUUCCAUUUAAUUGAAAGCAGCAACAACAGGGGAUCAUAUAGAGAUGAUCCAACUCCAAUAUGCAUGGAAUUCCAGGUACAAGCCCUCGGCAAACUGCACAGCACACCUCAGAAAGUGCAUCGAGAAUAUAGUCUAUAGGUAUCGAUUCCUCUUCCGUGUCCAGUGGACAUCUGCUAUUUUUCUCUUUUCUUUGGAGUAACAGAAGGGACACUUCCCCUGUGAAAAUGAUACUUAGCUACUUAGGAUGGGCCCACACAGCACCUUAACGGCUCCCAGAUGAGGUCCAGCUUCCGGGCUCCCUCCCCUCUGGUCCGCCCGCCCCUCCCCCCAAACCCAACCCGAACCCCUACCCGCACCUCCCAACUCCACCAAGAAAGUAGAGGAGACUCCAGGGAGACAUUUGCAAUGCUGCUAAGUUUUCUUAACUGCAGAUGUACCAACUACAGAGCCUUCCUUGGGUCAAUCUGACAACCUCUCCAUCUUCUCUCUUCCUCCCGCUCCUCUCCCCUGCUCCUGCAUCCCUCCCCCCAGACCCCGCCAUUCCUCCCGCCCACCUUCCAGACCUGGAUGCAAAAUCAAUUAUAGCCCCUUUUGUGGCAAGAGAGCACAAACGGAGUUUACUCUAGGCAUGUUUGGAUUUGAUACUAUUUAUUUUAUAAUCGCAUGUUGGGAACGUUUACUUCAGACCAUACGGGAUAAGCUUUCGUUGGAUCUGACUUCUGGAAAAAAAAAAAAUAGGACUUUUUUUUUUUCAUUUGCCUUCCCUGAAAGUGCACUCGUUGAUUAUUCUCAAUAUUUGAUUAGUAACUUAAAGUACUGUACUUAAGUGCGUAUGUUAGUCAGACGGGGUCACUCACUCCUCUGGAGCUCAAAAGCAUGUUGUAUUAUGCAGCCUCAACGUCCCUCCGUCCAGGGGCGACGCGCGUUAAUUAAUGCAUGGUUUCAGUGCUAGAACAAAAAAAGCUGGCGGAGGCCGGGAGGGAGCGGGCUCUCGCAGUGGGUCUGAUUUUCCUGCCUUUACUCAGGGAAAUAUUUGGUUUUUGUUCAGGUGUUGUCCGAGAGAGGACUGAGUUUCCUGACCCUCGAAAGAAUACCCCAGGGAAAAAAACAAAAAAACAAAAAACGUAAACAAAAAAAACCACAAAAAAAAACCACCUAAGCGAAUGAGUCAGUACUGUAUCAGACACCGCCACCCCUAAAAGACAAUCCUACCCUGUAGCGCUGUAGAGACAAAAACACCAGACAGAAAAUCAGGUGCAAUUUGAAAGUGCAUGCUAAUUCUUCGAACUUCCCACCAGAUGACUUUUUCUGCAUCCGAAUCCCAGCCGGUUUCUUUUUGCAGUCAUGAUUUGGAGUCCGGGGAGACCACGGGUCUCGCCUCGGAGAAUUCGCUGAGGAAACACAGCCAGUUGAUUUAGAUAGUUGCUUAGUGCCUUGAUCCUGUACCCACCGAAAGCAGAACGCGCCCUUUGCCUACAAGCCGCGCAGUCGAGCCGAGAAGGGGGGUAGGUGGGGGGGCGGGGG